GCGGUGCCACGGCCUCGGCGUUUCUCCCCCGACACACGUGAUCUGGCAGUAGUUCCAGGUGGUCACGUCGUGGAAGUGGAGGUUUGAUCAUGGCAAGCUACUGGAGGUUGUGUGUGCUGUUGCUGGCUCUGAGCUGGGCUGGAGCGCGGGCCGAGGAUGAAGGGGAUGACGUCGAUGUAGAAGAUGACUUGGAGGAAGUCGGAGACGGGGAUGUGGAAGAGGACAAGACCCCCGAACCACCCGUUGUCCCAAAGGUGGCCUACAAACCUCCAGAGCCUAUGGGAGAACACUACUUUGCUGAGUCUUUUGACAGAGGGAUGCUGGAUGGGUGGGUGUUGUCCAAGGCAAAGAAGGACGGCAUAGAUGAGGAGAUCGCCAAGUAUGAUGGAAAAUGGGAAGUGGAGGAGAUGAUUGAAAGCCGCCUUCCAGGGGAUAAAGGACUGGUGCUGAAGUCCCGUGCCAAGCACCAUGCCAUCGCCGCCCCUAUGCUCAGACCAUUCAUCUUUGACACCAAGCCACUCAUUGUGCAGUAUGAGGUAAACUUCCAGUCAGGCAUUGACUGUGGCGGUGCCUAUGUGAAACUGCUGUCUCAGACUCCUGAUCUUGAUCUGGACCAAUUUGUGGACAAGACCCCCUACACCAUCAUGUUUGGACCAGACAAGUGCGGUGAGGAUUACAAACUGCACUUCAUCUUCCGACACAAGAACCCCAAAACUGGCGAGUUUGAAGAGAAACAUGCCAAGAAGCCUGAUGCAGACCUGCGAACCUACUACACAGACAAGAAGACCCAUCUGUACACAUUAGUACUGAAUCCAGACAACAGCUUUGAAAUCCUGGUGGACCAGACUGUCAUAAACAGUGGCAACCUCUUGACUGACAUGACACCGGCGAUAAACCCUCCUGCUGAAAUUGAGGAUCCGGAUGAUCACAAACCUGAGGACUGGGAUGAGCGGCCCAAGAUUCAGGACCCUGAUGCGGUCAAACCUGAAGACUGGGAUGAGGAUGCCCCUGCUAAGAUUCCAGACGAGGAUGCUGUGAAGCCAGAUGGUUGGCUGGAUGACGAGCCAGAAUACAUCUCUGAUCCUGAUGCUGUCAAGCCCGAAGACUGGGAUGAGGACAUGGAUGGAGAGUGGGAGGCCCCACAAAUCCCCAACCCCAAGUGUGAGUCAGCUCCUGGCUGUGGCACCUGGAAGAGGCCUAUGAUUGACAACCCUAACUACAAGGGCAAGUGGAAGCCCCCAAUGAUUGACAACCCCAACUACCAGGGCAUAUGGAAGCCCAGGAAAAUCCCCAACCCAGACUUCUUUGAAGACCUGCACCCCUUCCGUAUGACCCCCUUCAGUGCCGUAGGGCUGGAGCUCUGGUCAAUGUCCUCUGACAUCUUCUUCGACAACUUCUUCAUCACAUCAGACAGGAACACUGCAGACCGUUGGGCUGCUGAUGGGUGGGGUCUGAAGAAAGCAGCAGAGAGUGCAGCUGAGCCUGGCAUAGUGAACCAGAUGCUUACGGCAGCAGAAGAGCGACCCUGGCUAUGGGUCAUCUACGUUCUGACUGUGGCACUGCCUGUUGUGCUCAUUGUUGUCUUCUGCUGUACCGGAAAGAAGAAACCGUCAUCUACUGACUACAAAAAGACAGAUGAGCCUCAGCCAGAUGUAAAGGAUGAGACUGAGGAGGAGAAAAAGAAAGAGGAGGAGGAGGAGGAGGAGGAAGAAGAGGGAAGUGAAGAAGAAAAAACAGAGGACACAAAGAAGAGUGAUGGAGAAGACAACUCAGCAGAGCCCAGCCCUGAGGAGGAGGGGGAGGAAGAAGGGAAAGAGGCUGGCAAAGAAGAGAAACAAGAAGAUGAUGUCCUGAGGCGGUCUCCCAGAAACAGGAGAGUGAGGAAGGACUGAUGACGAAUCUGAGAUUUAUCUCUGCAGCCCACCCUUCCCCAUCUCCCCUACACCCUCCCACGACUCUUGACCACCCACUCCAACUUGCACCCGGGAUCUCUUCUACCCCACCUCACAAGCAGUGGCAGCUGCAGCACGAAACAUCUGUCACUAUCAGUAGAGAACAAUCGUGAACUGGGCCUGUGGCAAGGACUAACAGAAUGACUAGAAACUGGCUUUGCAAAAGCCCCCCCCUCCCACUCCCUCCAAAAAGUGAUUCCUUCCUGGGGCAGCAGACCCUGACCUCGGGACUUACCCCUCCCGCUGCCACGCCAACCCCAUACGACUCAUAACUGGUCAACCAGUAUUUGUUGUCUACAGAGUAAUUCCAGCACUACAGAUUUAAUAUCCUAAACCAGGUGUGUUUUGCUAGAAUUUAGGUAGCGCCACGUGUUUGAGUAUUUCCAGUGGAUGGCUGUAGAACUUUGCUCAAGGCCACAUAUCUUUAAUUAGAAUAGUUUAUUUAAGAUGAGUACACAUGACAUAGGCGGAAUAAUGGACAUUUGUUUUCUCAAGGGUUGUUCUGUCUUAGUGUCAUGUUUAAGUUUCUGUCAAUUUUUUUCCCCCCUCUCCUUCUUGGAGGAGGUGUCGAUUUAGGGGUGCUGUAGUCAGCUCUUUUGGUUAGGUUGCGCUGCCUCUUACAGCUGUAGAUGAGGAUUGUAGAACUUUCCUGAAUGUAAUGUGAUUUUUUUCUUUUUUUUUUUAUUAUUAUUUUGAAAUCUUUCUUUUUGUAUGUAUUUUUGGGAAUAAUGAGUUUAGGGGAAAAAAAGGAGUGCAGUCAUCCUCUGGGGAGCGGUAGAACAGUACUGGCUGUUUCGGAGAAAGGGCAACGUUAUCAAGCGGGGCAUCCGCAUUAUGAAGCAAGGGUAUUGCUGGUGACUCAUCUUGGGGGAGGGGAAAGUCCCAUGUCGUACAGUCUCUCCACUGGAGGAUUAGUCAGUCCGUGUCUUCCUCCACUGAGCGGUGAGUCAGCCCCACUUCAUGUCCUGUGAUAUCAUUUCCUGGCUGUGUAAGUUUUUACCAGAGGAAACAGUUGCAGCAGUAGUAAACUACUCUGGGUUUACGAGGAACUUGUCUUUAGUUUUCAGAGAGAACCGAGAUGCUGUGCAUGUUUUUGACUCAUCCUAUUCGACACCCAGAAAGAACUGUAGUUUCAUGCUAAACAUCCAGUCCAGUUCAUAUCACCAUCUUUUUUUUUUUUUUUUUUUUUUUUUUUUUUUUGUCGUCUAGCCCAUGCCAGAGGUGCUGUCCUUAUAGCACGGGAGACUGUGGGUUUGAAGCCUGGGUGUAUGUGGGACUGGUGGGUUCACACAAGCUACUCAGAUCGGCUGCCUCAUAGGAAUUUUGAGCGUUCAAGAUGAAAAAUGUUACAUUCCCAAUAAAGGAUGACUCCAUGCUACAUGAGCAGAUGAAGCACUGCAUUGCUGUGAAAAAUAAACUUUGCGAUGAGAAACAUCUAUGUGAAUGUCUUUUAGAUAGAUCACAGGUUUCUGAGAGGUGGUUUGGGCUGCCAUCUUCUGAAUGUGGAUGUGAGCCAAUCUAGUGGGAGAAGAGUUUUUCGUUGCUCAAGGGUGACUUUUCUCUAUGCCAGGAUGAGGCUGAACGUACAAGUCUGAGCAAUGAUUGUCAACCCAAAUGCAGCCUUUUUGUGGUUACUUUUCAAGGGUCCAGGGAUGAGGGUUUGUUUCGUAUUUGGGUCCAUACUAAUAAGGGGAAAGGAGGGGUAAAGAGGAGUGCAUCCACUGGGGGCACCAACAAAGAAUUAUAGUUAAAUGAAGUGUAAAUUUUGCACUGCAACUUGCACACAGCCUACAAAUUUAAUGCCAAUGUGAAAGUGACUUUGUGCAUUGCAUAAAGUCAUUCGUGUGAGCGGAAGGUCAUAUCAGGUAUUUGUGUGAGGGGAAGGUGAUACGUUGGAGGCAGUGACGUAGGGCUGUUCCCUGCAUUGAUCCUCUUUUCAGUUAGUGGUUGCUAGGAUUUAAUUGUUUACCUUUUAUUUUGUAUUUGUCAGACUAAUAAGAGACAGGAAUUCCAAAAAGGUCUCCAGAGAAAAAUUGCAGUGCCAGGAUUGGGAGAGGUGCACUGCUUUCUGAUCGGAAGUUUUCAGCAUGCAACUCGGCCUCCUCUUUGGCCAGCUUAUCAAAACUAUGGCAUAUUAUUUGACUAAUUUGGGUACUCUACAGUAACAAGCAAUUUUAAAUCUAAUUUGUCACUUAACAUCUGAAAUUUAAGUUUGUUUUUAAUAGUAAUUAUAUAAAGCCACACAUUACAUAUGUAUGUUAAAUGCAGUAAUCUAUGUAAAUGGACCCAUGCCAUUUUUGCUGAAAAA